CUCUAGAAAGAGCAGAGUAGCAUAGCAUACGCUACUGUUUCAACACCACCAUCUCCGCAUAGGCAUGCACGAUUUUGCAGUGGAAUUGUUUUCAAAUGCCCUUCUAAUACAGCUGAUGGCAGUAUGUUCAAUCUAGCUCAGGUUCAACACUCCCUGUAAAACAGCUAGUUGAACUAAUAUGGCUACUGUUCAGAUCUUGCAUAUUGGACAGAAGCAUAAAACUUCAAAGGAAACAGCUCUGUUUCCAAACAGAGUUGCCUCUGAGCAGCAAUCUAUGGUUCUGGUGAAAAGGCUGCUGGCAAUUUCAAUCUCCUGUAUAACUUACCUCCGAGGACUCUUCCCAGAAAGCUCCUAUGGAACCCGCUAUUUAGAUGACAUGUGCCUGAAAAUUCUUCGAGAAGAUAAAAGCUGCCAAGGUUCACUCCAGAUAGUCAAGUGGAUUCAAGGAUGCUUUGAUGCACUGGAAAAGAACUAUCUGCAUAUGGCUGUCUUGACAAUCUAUACCAAUCCCAAAGAGCCUGAGCGCAUGACAGAAUUCUACCGGUUCAAGUUCAAGUACUCCAGGAACAGACCUCAGAUGGACUUCGUUAGUGGUAGUACUCAAGGGAGCUUUACAAAUGGAGGAAACAGUGAGGAGAUUAAGAAAGCCAGUAUCCUGCUGAUCCGCAAACUGUAUGUCUUAAUGCAGAAUCUUGGACCGCUGCCUAAUGACAUUACAGUGACCAUGAAACUGUUCUACUACAAUGACGUCACGCCUGAUGAUUACCAACCCCCUGGCUUUAAGGAAGGCAACAUUGCCAAUUGCCUGCUUUUUGAUGGUGACCCUGUGAACCUCAAAGUAGGGUCAGUCUCUACCGGGUUCCAUGUGAUGAAAGUGAGGGUGACAACAGACAGCAAACGGAUGGGGAUGCUGGAGAGCAGCCUAGUUGAGGAGCGUGGCCCCACUGAAAUCUCCCAUCAGGGGCUAGACUGUGAUGAAGAAGAGGAGGAAGGCAGCACUAAAGUGCAGGAAGAGAACCACCAGGCUGCCAGCAUGAAGUUGGAUAGAAUCAGGAUGAGUCAAGGGGAUGCAGAUUCAGAUGGCAAAAACUGUUUUUCUUUGGAUCCAAAGGGAGCAGAAACAAAUAGAAAGACUAGUGUAAAAGGAGCAGAAAAAGCAUCUCAUCAGACAUUGAGACUGGACUUUAGCCAGGAGCAGGCAAGUGGCCCAGUGAAGAAGAGGAAGGUCAGCAUGCCACUCAACUCAGUUUUUGCAGCUCAGAAACUGUGACUGCCAUGGACUACACAGCUUCAACUGUAAUGUGCUAGUAGGCAUCUUUCUUGUUUAUCGUAUCUUCUAUCUAAUCUUUUAUCUGCCUUAGUUAAUUCUCCAUGCACAGCACCACAUAGGUAUAGUACAGUAUGAAAUAGUGCACAAAAAGGUUUUUUAUUUUAUUAUAUGGUUCCUAUACUAUUACAGAAUAAAUAAACAAAUAAAUAAAUAAAUAACUGUAUUGUAAACAGAUAAAUAAUUAAGUGGCAAUUUCAAAAAUGUAACUAACAUUAUUUUUCCUUCCGUAAUCAAAGAAACCAUCUCAGUUCACAGAAGAGAAGGGUUCUUAAGACUAUAAAUUCAUAUAAUCUAUCCCUUGCCCUGAAUUCCCUAAUUCUUCUUCACAUAUUGAGUUACCCAACUCCAACCAUUAAUAACUUCUGUAAAUCUCUCUCUCUUCCCUUAAGCUGUUAGUUUUACAAUAUUUAAUUGUUCCAAUAGUCUCCAAUUGUUCUUCUGAUAUUUUUACAUAUAAGACUCUGGCCAGUGUUAUAAUAUGCAACGCUUGUGUUUGGUGAUUUGUCAUAAUGCAUUCCUUUAUAUAGUUCAACAAAACUUCCUGUUUUUCAAACAUUUUUUACUAGCUCUGAAAGUAGCUGCACAAUUGCACUUCAAUACUGGCUUUAGCACAAAUUAAAUAACUGAUUAAAAGGUAGAUUUUAAAAAUGGGGGAAAUGGUUGUUCAAGUGAACUGAACUGUACUAUCCCUGCUACUCACACGGUUGUAUCAUGCCCACUAAUGUGGAUGGAAAAUAGGAUGUAUAAACAAGCCCACCCAUCCACCCCACUAUACCCCUCAAGUAUGGGAAGUCAGUUGUGUUUCCUUACAGCAGAAGAGCAAUGACUGGGUAGCACUAGGAGCUGCCCAUCUAGAAGCACCUCAAGACAUGCUACAUACUACAGGGUGUCUCAAGCAAGUGAGUCAAGCCACAUUAUCUUCUGCUGUACUGAUGUGAGGACUAGCUGUUGUAACAUUUUUAAUGAAUACCAGAUGCAGACCAAGUAUGUUGCCUGGAAAUAAUCAUAUUGCAGGGGGAUCUCUCCUUCAUAGCU